AUCUGAUAUCAGAUGAGAAAAAGGAGGCAGAAAGUUCAGGAAGUAAAACUGUGACGGGAGUCAAAACCACAAGAAUCAAGGAAGUUUGAGAGAUCAGGAGGAAAGAAGUGGGACUGAAGCCAUCAGCUCGAUUUGCAGGAAAUAUCUUAUCACUCUGGUGCUCAUAGAAGAAGUACAUCACGGAGGAAGUGAGAGCAGCUGCAGAUUUGAGAGAGUUUUAAGAUUUAAAACAGACGUAAUGUCAGGCAGAGCCACUCCUUUGUUUCUCUUGUUUCUGUGUCUGACUCUGGGAUCCGUCCAGAACCAGGGUUCUUCCCAGGAUGCAUUUAUUAUCCAGUACCUGGAGAGGAGACUGGUUCAGAUGGAGGAGCGUCUGAAUCAGUGUGAGCAAAACACACUCGGCAUCACCCAGAAAAGCUUCGACCUGUCGUCUGAAAUCAGAGGCUGCGUGUCCUCGCUCAGCAUGCUCAGAUCAGAGGUGAAGAGUCAGGUGGACGGUGUGUCUGUGCGUGUUGAGCGGGUGGAAAGAGAGCUGGAAUUUUUGGAAAACAAAAUUCCCACCCAGUCACACAUUGAGAUGGAGGAGGCACUGCUGGAGCAGCAGAUAAAGGCUGCAGAACUGGAGCAGCUGAAGAAGAAAGCAGAGAUAACUCUGGAGAACGACUGCAGCACAGCUCUGAGUCAGAUCAAGUCUCUGAAGAUCGUGAAGAGGACAGGAGACCCGAAUGGUUCCUGGUUCAAAGACCCAUCUGAAGGAUCAGCAACGGUGUAUCUGCUGAGUGGGAUUCGCAACAACACUGUCCUGGAGUACAAAUCUCUGAAGCAGUUCACAAAGACCUCUGCAGCUCCUCUAAAGGUGGUGCAGCUGCCUUUCUCCUGGCAGGGCACGGGUCAUGUGGUGUACCACGGAUUCCUCUACUGCCACAAGGCAGAUACACCCAACGAAAUACUGAAGGUAGAUCUCCUGAAUGGCUCGGUGGUGGAUAGCACCCUUCUUCCCGGAGCGGGUCGUCUCCCCGUCUACAGUCUGAAUCCCAACACCUACCUGGACAUGGCUGUUGAUGAGCUCGGCCUCUGGGUCAUCCACGCUGACCCGGAGUACGGAGGAAACCUGGUCAUUACUAAACUGGAUAAAGGAACCCUGGCCGUAGACCACACCUGGGAUACCCAGUGUAGAAGCCAUGAUGCUGAAGGAGCCUUCCUGAUGUGUGGAACCCUUUAUGUGGUCUACAACACGCGCUAUGGAGGACGCUCUACCAUCCAGUGUCUGUAUGACAUCCAUGACACCAUCCACAGCAGUGAGAGUCCUGUGGUGUUCUUCCCAAAGCGCUACACCAGCCACAGCAGCAUCCACUAUCACCCAGGAGACAAGCAGCUGUAUGCUUGGGACGAUGGCUACCAGACUAUUUACAAAGUGGAGACGCGCAGCAAUGAUGGGAUCGUUGCAGAAUAAUAUCUGCCUUUGAUGCUGUUUUUCAUUAUAAAAACUGCUUUUUCACAUCAGAAAUGACACCAAUAGAUGUAUCAGUAAAAAUAAUGUUUAUUAAAAAAAGGCAUGAAUGAA